UUUCGGGGGGCUUCAGAGGGAAAAUAAAGUCACUUCCUGAAAUAUUUUCCCGGGGCGGGAUCCAUGUUGUGACUCCCUUCUCGUGUUGAUGUUUUUCCCCUCCUGGAUCCUGAUACGUGGCUGUUUGGGAAAGCCGCGGAGAGCUCCCCGCUGCAGCCGCUGGCAGUCCGGAGGAACUCCGCAGCGAGAGCCUGCCCUCCCCAAGCCGGCCUGGAUGGCAGGGACACACUGGUGCACACACUGUCUGAACUACAAGCAAUCCUGGUUGCAUCUGGUCUUUGGUCCGUGGUACGGAUGAGAGGUGGAAGCUGCUGGAAGCCCAGUUGGGCUGUAAUUGUUCUCUUUAUCCCUGUUACCCUGCUGAUGCUCACCUCCAAGGGAGCAUCAAGCCGCCAGAAGAUGACACAAACCUCUAUGGCGCACGCAACAGCCACAGCUGCCGGACCGGGCCCCGGCCUGACGGACGACCUCCCAGGCCUCAGGGCUGUGGCAGAGUUUUUAGCCAGUGAGCGCACACAUGUAUGGCUCCUGUCUCUGGUGGGCUCUGUGGCUGUAGGCCUCAGCGGGAUAUUUCCCCUGCUUGUCCUUCCCAUUGAAGCCGGAGCAGCCCUCAAAACAGAAGCUGGAAGCCAGAAACUGAAGCAGCUUUUGAGCUUCGCUAUUGGUGGUCUCCUUGGUGACGUAUUCCUUCACCUCCUUCCUGAGGCAUGGGCACUCUCCAACUCAUCAGCUGGUAAACAAAACCACUACAUGACCCAGGGCUUGUGGGUAAUCAUGGGUCUGCUUGCCUUCCUGAUGUUGGAGAAAAUGUUCCCAGACCAAGAAAGCCUCGAGGAUCCCACCUCAGAUUCAGACCUGAAUUUCAACCUGUCUAUGCAGCCUAAUUCAGCUUUCAGUGGAAAAGCUGCAGCUUCUCUGAAAAAUGGACACAACACCGAGUCGUGGAAUUCCUCCAAGCAGCUGCAGGAUAGAUCAGUGAAAAUCAAGACGAGUGGAUACUUAAACCUGCUGGCUAACUGCAUUGACAACUUCACCCACGGACUGGCGGUCGCCGGGAGCUUCCUGGUUAGCAAAAAGGUUGGGUUCCUUACCACCUUUGCCAUCCUGCUCCAUGAAAUCCCUCAUGAGGUGGGGGACUUCGCCAUCCUGCUGAGGGCCGGCUUCGACCGCUGCAGCGCCGCCCGGAUGCAGCUGUCCACGGCGCUGGUCGGGGUCUUGGGAGCCCUCUUUGCCCUGUGCGCGCAGUCCCCUAAAGGCACGGGUAAGAAAAAGGCCAAACAAAUCCAGCCAGUGUGUGAGCCAGCGGCCCGUUCGGCAGCUGACCCAGUCAUGAGUGUCUCCCUGUUGGCAGAAAGCGUCAGCAGCUGGAUCCUGCCUUUCACCGCGGGAGGCUUCCUCUACAUCGCUUUAGUGAAUGUGGUCCCUGACCUGCUCCAGGAAUCCAGCUUAAGACACUCCCUGUUGCAAAUCCUGCUCAUCUUCAGCGGUGUGGCCAUCAUGGCUCUGCUGUCCGUCAUCCUUGACUGAACCCAGAGGAAACGCACCUUUUGCCUUGCCAAACACUACCAAUAGAGAGGACUCCUCACCUCCAUCAACUCCUCAUCCAUCAUUCACACCAAAGUCAUUUUGAUUAAGAGGCUUUAAGACAACGUUACACUACAGAAAACGUCCUUCACAGAGGUUUGAAUAAAAGGACAACCCUUUAUCAGCUGACAGGACCUACAUGUGCACACUUUUAAAUGUGCCGUACUUAGAUUUUGAGAGGAGAACGAAGAGAGAAUGUUUCAAAUGGUUUACAAAACUGCUUUCGAUGGGGAUGUUUUGCACAUGUUUUUUCACAGGUACAGACUCUGAGCGGGACUGGUGUUACUGGCCGUGUCCUCACAAUCCAAUCCAACCCACGUUUCUAAAUGGUUCACGUGUUUUUUAAUGUUGUGCUUCCUCUGCUUGCAUUGUAGCUCCUUCAUAUUUAUUGAAAGUGAAACAGAUGCAAUACUUAACACUUUCAACUUUUAAUUGUUUUGUAGAAAUAAGUGCCAAACGGUCAGGCUGAUCAGUCCACACCAAAGUACCUUUUUACCUGUUUGUCUUCCUCACACAGCGUGUGUAGCUUGCACCUUUUUUUUUGGGGCACAAAUUUGUGCUUCAUAAGACUUAAAAAAAUUAUGAAAACAUGGAGAAAAGAUUAAUAAUACUCAGUUUGGGUUUGAUAUUUGAUGCUACCAGUUGUUUAGAGACUAGUUACUGAAAACUGUUCUUAGAAAUGUGUUGUUAAUACCCUCUUGAAGAAAUAAAAUUAAUUUUAGAUAA